AUGUCAUCUGACUACAACGCUCAUAAUAACUCUCACCCUUCUGACUUCAAUGAUGGGGCUGAGGUUGGAGGACCGCUCAGGGAGGUCUACUCCAGAAAAUGCUAUCAGUGGAAUUUCGGACAGUUCAAAUCCGAACCUUCAUCUCCAGACAAUGAGGAGGCAUUUCAGCUCGCAGAUGAGUUUCGAGCGGAACAACCAGAGCUAUUGGAAGCUCAAGGUGGCAAUCACAACAAUGCUGAUGCACCUCGUUCAAAGCGAAAGUGGUCUGAAGAUGAUGGGGGCGUGACUAACAUGGGGGCAACAUCAGUACCUAUUGUUGAGCUUCCGCCUAAAAAACGUACGAAGGUUGAAAGAAAAUUCGAGUCAUUUGAAGGGGAAUUGCUAGCCAAGAUGGCGGCCGUCAUGCAGGAAGUCGUGGGAUGCCGCGUUUCAAAGGGCCCAGCAUUGUCAAACUCAGGAUCUUGGCGCAUUGUUGAUGACGAAUUCAACAAUCAAGAAUUUUAUCACAACAUCAUUGACUAUCUGGAGCUUCCUCCAACGCCAGAAGCAGCGAAAGAAAUAAGUAGCUUUCGCGUCUUUACACUGCCUUUGAUUGAGUCACAGCGGGAAUUGAUCAAGACAUGUCUUGCACCCAAGCACGAAUCUGCUGAUUGGAUGAACAAGUUCUUGGACCGUCUCUGGCUCAUUCAUGAGCCUGUUCUUUCUGCUACUAUCGUCGCCUUUGUUGAUCAGAUGCUGAGCACCACUAUUCCUGCCUUCUCGGACUCCUUGCGCCUCACAACCUUCACCCUUGGGACGAAGACUUCCCGCAUAGACAAAGUUAGGACAUCUCCAAGGACUGCUAAUGAUGUCGCCAUGAUGGUUUGGGGAAUAUCAUUCAUUCCCAACCAUCGCAACCCCAAAAUUGUUCAAUCUGUUCGCCUGGGCAAAGGUCUUGCAACAGCCUUCAUGCCGAUUCCUGGUUUACAGACUUUCAUUUCGGGAUAUAAUUCACUACACGCUCAGUUCCCGUGA